GUGGUAUCAGCUGACCGGAAGUAAGGUUUCCUCCCCGGAAAUGACACUUUGACCCAAAAUGGAGGGAUAGUGGCAAGAAAAAUGAAAGUUUUUGUGAAAUUUUGACGAAUUUUAAUGAACAGGAAGGUUUCUAAGCUUAUUGCUCAAUGCUAGAUGGAAGAACAGCUCAUUUUCUCAUGGGGGGCCAACAGCUAUGGCCAACUGGGCGUGGGUCACCGUGACGACCGCCACUCCCCACAGCAGCUGGAGGGGGUCAACUUCAGGGUCAAGGCUGUGACAGGGGGCGGAGGUCACACAGUCUUUAUCUCUGCUGAAGGCAAGUUGUUUGUGUGUGGGUGGAACCAGAAGGGUCAGCUGGGGCUGGGACACAGGGAGGACGUGUCAGUCCUGACCCAGGUCACCGCCCUGACUGCACCCAUGGAUACUGUAUCAUGUGGAUGGGACUUCACUCUUGCUGUUACAGAAGGUAGACAACUGUUCUCCUGGGGCUCCAAUGCUUUUGGUCAGCUUGGUGUUCCAGAGGUGAAAGGUCACGCCUCAACGCCAACUCCUGUACAGACUUUACAAGGUGUGAGAAUAGUAAGUGUUGCAGCUGGGCUGAGACAUGCAGUGGCACUGGAUGAUACAGGUUCAGUCUGGACAUGGGGUGCAGGAAAGAGAGGUCAGCUGGGACGAUUGGAGGGGCCAACAGUCUCCAAACAACCUGGCAAAGUACAACUUGAUGCAGAGUCCUCCAUUGUUGCUGUCAAGGCAGGAUCCUACCACAGUAUAGCUCUUACUGGUUCUGGAGACUUGUAUGUCUGGGGAAGAAAUGACAAAGGCCAACUGACAAACAGAAACAAUGAUGAAAGUAGUGCCAAAACAUCCAAUCACACAGGUCAUGACACAUCAUCACCUGCUUCAACCAAUCACAUGCAAGAUUCAACUAAAUCCACCUCAGCAGCAUCUUCAUCCAUCAAUCAACUUGAAUCUGGUACUUCCCAGGAAACUGUUUCAGACCCUACUUUGAAAUGUGUACCUCACAAAACUUCUGCUACAAGCUCUGUGGACAUUGUUCAACUGCCUGUCAGAUUGGAUUCAACUCUAUUCAAUGGGAAGAAAGUUGUACAAAUCAACAGUGGAUGGACUCAUCUUGCAGUGAUAACAGAGGACAGGAGAGUUUGGACAUGGGGAAGAGCUGACUACGGACAGCUGGGUAGAUUUGGGGACAGAACAGCACUGCCACACAGCUGUUCAAAGCCUGCAGAGCUGUCCUCACUGUACGGAGUGAAACAACUGCAGUGUGGAUCAGAGCAUAAUGUGGCAAUAAUAGAUGACCAGGUUGUGUGCUGGGGAUGGAAUGAACAUGGGAUGUGUGGAGAUGGAGGCGAAGAGGAUGUGUUGGUACCCAAAGCUGUGGAGGCAUUCCAGGGUUACACACCAGUGUGGGUCAGUACUGGGGCAGGCCACACCAUGGUGGGGAUGGAGAGGAGUAACAACUCAUGAUCAUAGUACACCCAAACAAAAAGGGGACACUUAAGGGUAACAUAUCAGUACCAAGGACAGCUAUGGUUGGAACUAAGAUUGUACUGACUGCCCAGCAUGUGAAGAGUUUUUCAGGCUAAAUGGUUACAGACCAGUUUGGCUUGGAAGCAGGACAGAUCUGCUACCUGCUACAAAGGCCGUACCACCUCUAAAAGAAUUGUAAGUUUGUUUUCUAGGUGGCUUGCCUUCUUUUCAUAGCAUUGAUGUAGUUUAUCAAGGUGUCUUAACUUAAAAGUGAACUGACUUCAGAAUUUUGUCUUACCUAAAAACAGAUAUUAGUAUUUUUUACCAGUGGAACAUUAAAUUUUGAGUCAGAAUACAGACCAUCAACAUUGUUCUGUUGGGUUUUAAAACAAUGCUUUUUUUAUUGCAAUGUGAUGAAGAAUGGAAAGUCACAGUUUUGUAAUUCAUGUACAAAGCAGUGUUCCCUUGUACAUAGUGAACCAUUUUUAGAAAC